AUGGCCUUGAUGAAAGUUUUCCAUUGCAUAGACGAAAAAAUAUUUUAUUUGGACAAGAUUGACCAAGCAUUAAAUUCAACCAAUCUAGUUUUUCGAACAGCGACGUACAGCGAAGAAUGUUUGUAUUUUUGUUUGUACUUAGACGGUUGCCAUGGCACCAACGUUAAAAAAGUAAGCAUCGUGUUGUACAACUGCACCUUAAUUACUGGCUGUUUAUCAGAUAUCGAGAAGUAUCCUUUUAUUCCAGCACCAAACACCAACUAUUACAGUACUAUCAGAAAAGAUUGUUUAUCAUUGCAGAAGUCGGGUGUAUACACUGAUGGAGUUUAUGAACUGUCUUUAGACGGAGGGACCUACGUUAAAGCAUGGUGCGACAUGACUACUGACGGUGGAGGGUGGACUGUCAUACAGAAAAGAGUGAGCAAUAGCAGUUUCGCAAAGACCUGGAGAGAAUAUAAGGAAGGUUUUGGCGAUACUGAUAAUUAUUGGAUUGGUAACGACAACAUACAUGCUUUGACGACAGAUUGCGAUAAUCAACUUUAUUUCAACUUAUUUGGCUCGAAAGAUAUGCCAAUAUAUGCUCUUUACAAUCAGUUUAGUGUUGCAGAUGAGUUGAGCGGUUAUAAGCUAACGCUUGGAAGUUACUUGCAAGAUCGCAGCAAUACUGAUUACGAUUUUUUUAACUCGGACGGAAGAAAAUUUCACACUUACGACAACGAUGACGACAACAGUUGUUCUAAAAAUGCUGGAAAAGCUGGUUGGUGGUUCCGUGGGUGCCACGAAGGAAAUCCAAAUGGUAGAUAUUUGGACGAAUAUUCUGUCGGUAACACUUGGGGUUAUGGUGUUAAUUCUAAAAUAAAAUCAUCGUUUAUUAUGGUCCGCCGAAAAGAGAAUUGA